GGUGCACAGCCAUCGACGAACAAAGUCCAAAACAAUGGCUGACACCGACAGCAAUUAAGAACUCGUAUCCCUGUAGAUAAGAUCAAGACUUUCAGUACAAAAAGUACCCAGUACGAGCAACAAGAGACUUGUCACUGUUUAGUCGCAAUGUCUAGAACAAGCAUCUCUUUCCUUGUUGUUUUGACAGUUUCACUGCUCGCCCACCACACCACCGCGGCGUCCUGCAACAGUGAAGAUGAAAAGGCACUGCUGGCUUUCAAGGACGCCGACCAAGAUCGAAGCAAGCUACUUACCACUUGGAGCCCGCAAUCCAGUUGCUGCGAGUGGUCUGGUGUCAAAUGCGAUGGAGUUAGCGGCCGGGUGAGCGAGCUCAAGCUGGAGUCCCUGGGAUUAACAGGUACGCUGUCUCCGGAGCUGGGAAGCCUCUCCCACCUCCGUACGCUCAACGUCCACGGCAAUAGCAUGGACGGUCCGAUACCUUCCACCCUUGGUAAGCUACUUCGGCUGGAGGUUCUCGACUUGGGCACCAACUUCUUCUCCGGAGCACUGCCAGCGUCGCUUGCUCAGCUCGCAUCCACGCUGCAAACGCUGGAUCUGUCAGGUUACAGAUUCGAAGGACCGUUUCCAUCGGUUAUUGGAAAGCUUACCAGCUUGAGGAAGCUCAUCCUGGAAAGAGCUGAUGCGUCUGCCGGCAGCAUUCCUUCGUUCCUCGCCAACCUCGAGAAUCUCACCAUCUUAAAUCUCCAAGGAAGCUGGUUCACGGGCUCCAUUCCUUCGUCCUUGAGUAAACUCAAAAAUCUUCAAACGCUCGAUCUCUCGGACGGCCUCCGCCUCACAGGGUCCAUACCGGCGUUUCUCGGCGGCCUUCAAAACCUGGAGUAUCUCGACUUGAGUGGUACCAAGUUUUCUGGUUCCAUUCCUCCAUCUCUCGGCAACCUCCCCAAGCUGCGUUUCCUGGACAUUUCCAACACGCUCGUCAGCAGCAGUAUACCUGUUGAGAUUGGAAAGCUUACCAGCUUGGAAACGCUGAGAAUCUCCGGCACCAAAGCCGCUGGACGAAUCCCCGACACGCUUGGGAACCUGAAGAAGCUAAAAGUGUUGGAGCUGUCUCAAAAUGCAGGUAUGCGUGGUCCCAUCCCCAGCUCCUUCGGCCAGCUCUCUUCCCUGGAAGAGCUUUCGGUCUCCAGCACUGGGCUUACGGGACAAAUACCGAGCUCUCUCGGCCAACUUAGCAGACUUGUCAAACUCGACGUUAUGUCCAACUCAUUGAGCGGCAGCAUUCCUGAAUCUCUGGGACUUCUUUCCAGUCUUGAAGUCUUUUGGGCCUCCAAAAACCUGCUGACCGGUCGAGUUCCAGAAGGAUUUGCUCGAGGCCUCAAGAAUCUCACAGUCCUCGAGCUUUCGAUGAACAACCUCACUGGACUUCCCACCAACAUGGCUAAGCUCGUCAACUUGAACGGUGUCUACUUAGACAACAACGAUAUCAGAAGCUUUGACGCCAUCUCUGGACUGGCAACACUCCCGGAGCUCUCGACAAUCUCUCUCAGCCGCUGCAAGCUCCAAGGACCGAUACCUUCCUGGUUUGCAAACAUCAACCUCAAGCAACAGCCCCUGGGAUCUUCGUGUCUCAUCGACCUCUCCUUCAACUCCAUCACCGGAACUAUACCCGCUGCUCUCGGAAGGAACUCCAACCUCACAAAUCUCUUCCUCCAAUUCAACAAGCUCCAAGGAAAACUCCCAGACAGCUUUGGAGAAACUCUCCCCAGGCUGACUAACUCGGACUUUAGCUCCAACUUUCUCACCGGAGUACCAGCGGACCUGUCCAACUUGGGAAAAGGAGUGCUCUACUCGCUUGGACUGGGUCACAACAAUCUCAGCUUUCAGGCUCUCGAGGGACUGACCACACUCUCCCAAGUCUCCUUCCUCACUCUCGACCAUUCCCACCUCACAGGAGCCAUCCCGAGCUGGUUCUCCAAGAUCCCAAUGACCCAAGACGAAAUCGACAGCGUCGCAGUACUGAGGCUGAGCUCCAACAGCAUCACUGGAAGGAUCCCACCGGAGCUCGCGCAGCUGAGCCAAGUCACGGGCCUCUACCUGGACAGGAACCGCUUGAGCGGCGGCAUUCCAGUGGAGUUCCUGGCGCUCAAGAACCUGCACUACUUGAAUGUCUCCCACAACCAGCUCACUGGCGCCAUACCCGAUGGAGCGCCGCUCAGCACCAUGGAUCCGGAGAACUUCGCCGGCAAUCCGGGGCUCUGCGGCAAGCCGCUCUCGCCAUGCAUCAAACCCUAGAGCUCUAAAUGCGUGGAAUAUCCUCAAAUUUGAAAUUUUAGGGCAAACAUGCUCAGUUAGCCAGUCCUGGUAACAUUAUGGAUUUUUCACUUCUAAACUCUUGGUUUUAAUUUUUAUUAUAAAAAAAUUCAACCCGAUCUAACUCUUCCC